AUGGAUGUGUAUGUAGAUGACAUGAUCAUAAAGAGCAAGACCGCAAGCACACAUAUGGCCGGCCUAGCGGAGACAUUCCGAAUGCUCAAGCGGUUCAACAUGCACCUAAAUAUCUCUAAGUGCAUCUUCGGGGUCAGCUCGAGAAAAUUCCUCGAGUUUAUCAUCCACCAGAGAGGAAUAGACACCAACCCGGAAAAGGAGCAUAGCAAGGGCGCGUGGACCCUGCAUGUGGAUGGCUCGGCCAUCAUCGAGGUGAUCGGGGUCGGACUUAUCCUCAAAAGCCCGUCUAGAGAAACCUACGAAAGAUCAUUCCGAUUACAAUUCCGAGCGACCAAUAAUGAGGCCAAGUACGAGGCACUACUCCAUGGACUGUGCCUCACCCUGGAGAUGCAUGUUGGUGACCUUGAGGUUUUCAACGACUCCCAGCUGCUGAUGGGACACGUCAAUAGGAGCUACAAAGCUCGAGAUCCAACGAUGGUGCAAUACCUAACGGAAACAAGAUGA